AUGGCAGUUGGUAAGACACUCGUGUUAGCCUCCCUCUUAACCGUUGGAGGUUAUAUGUUAUUUAAUAAUUCAGGGGAAUCAUUCAAUGUAGGAGAGUUUUUAGAAUCAACGUCUCCUUAUAUGUGGGCGAAUUUAGGUAUCGCCAGUUGCAUUGGGUUUUCUGUUGUUGGAGCUGCAUGGGGGAUUUUCAUUACAGGGUCGUCUAUUAUAGGUGCUGGUGUCAAAGCACCAAGAAUCACAACUAAAAAUUUGAUUUCUAUUAUUUUCUGUGAAGUGGUGGCUAUUUAUGGAUUGAUUAUGGCAAUUGUAUUUUCAUCCAAGUUGAGCAAUGUUCCGGAGACAGAAUUAUUCACUAAGGAAAACUUAUAUACUGGGUAUUCUUUAUUUUGGGCGGGUUUAACUGUUGGUAUUUCCAAUUUAAUUUGUGGUUUAGCAGUUGGUGUGACUGGUUCCACUGCAGCCAUAAGUGAUGCUGCCGAUUCAUCCCUUUUUGUCAAGAUAUUAGUUAUUGAGAUUUUUGGAUCUGUUUUGGGUUUAUUUGGGUUAAUUGUUGGAUUAUUGAUGGCUGGUAAAGCUUAUGAAUUCAAAUAG